AACUGCAGCUUGCGGCGAAGGAAGACGCACAGGCUCAGUAACAGUCCGAUUAAGCACUCGAGUGAGUAGUUAACAUGCCAGUGUGCUAGCUUAAUUUCUUAGUUUAAAAAAAAUCUCCAAAAUUUCUCCAACGACGUCGCCGAUACGAACACGGAUUGUUUCUGGCUGUUUUUUGGGAGGCGUUUGAACUUCCCUCCCUGAACCCUCACAUUCUCUCCUACGUAUUUCCACGAAGGGAGGCGGCGGCGCAGCGCUCGGCGGCCAUCUUUGGAGCUGCCUGGGAGUGGGGAUUCGUCUCCUCUGGCACCCCAGUUACUUCGAGGGUGGGGAUUUUUUUUUCUUUUAACCUACAGUAAUAUACAAAUCUGCCUUUUAUAAUCGACUGACAGCGUCGAGAACCGCGAGGAUUUGACGUACGGCAUCAUCGUGCCGGGGAUGAAUGGGGAAGAACACUUUCGUAGACCCAAACUGUUUUGAAUAACACGACACUACAGUGCUGAAGCCUGGCCUGUCAGGAGAAGGCUCUGGACACAUAUGAGACCAGUGUCCUGCAGAUGAGCAAUCGGUGGGGGCUUUCAAGGCGCUGUCGCAGACCCAGAUAGUUCCUGGCGACAGCGGCUGUGCCCCCCAACUUCCCAUCAUGCCCAACAGCAGUCGGGCGGGGAGCCUGAAGGACCCCGAUAUAGCUGAGCUCUUCUUCAAGGAGGACCCAGAAAAGCUCUACUCAGAUCUACGAGAGAUCGGACAUGGCAGCUUUGGUGCUGUAUAUUUUGCACGGGAUGUGCGGACAAAUGAGGUGGUGGCCAUCAAGAAGAUGUCUUACAGUGGAAAGCAGUCCACAGAGAAAUGGCAAGACAUAAUCAAGGAGGUAAAAUUCCUGCAGAGAAUACAGCACCCAAACAGCAUAGAGUACAAAGGAUGUUACCUGCGAGAGCAUACAGCCUGGUUGGUAAUGGAGUAUUGUUUAGGCUCUGCUUCAGAUUUGUUGGAAGUUCACAAGAAACCCCUACAAGAAGUUGAAAUAGCUGCAAUUACCCAUGGUGCUCUUCAAGGGUUGGCUUAUCUUCACUCCCACAACAUGAUUCACCGAGAUAUCAAGGCAGGUAAUGUCUUGUUGACGGAGCCAGGACAAGUAAAACUGGCAGAUUUUGGUUCUGCUUCCAUUGCCUGUCCUGCCAACUCCUUUGUUGGGACUCCAUAUUGGAUGGCCCCAGAAGUCAUUUUAGCUAUGGAUGAAGGCCAGUAUGAUGGAAAGAUUGACAUUUGGUCCUUGGGAAUAACCUGCAUUGAAUUAGCUGAGAGGAAGCCUCCACUGUUCAACAUGAAUGCAAUGAGUGCCUUAUACCACAUAGCACAGAAUGAGAGCCCCAUGCUGCAGUCCAGUGAAUGGACGGAAUAUUUUCGAAAUUUCGUAGAUUCCUGCCUUCAGAAAUUGCCCCAGGACCGGCCGAACUCUGAGGAGCUGUUAAAGCAUGCGUUUGUUCAGCGUGAGCGGCCAGAAUCCGUUCUCGUAGAUCUGAUCAGUCGGACGAAGGACGCGGUGCGAGAGCUCGACAAUUUGCAGUAUCGUAAGAUGAAGAAGAUCUUGUUUCAGGAAGCCCACAAUGGCCCCACAACGGAGGCACAAGACGAGGACGAGGAGCAGGAGCAUGGCGUGGGUAGGACGGGUACAGUUAACAGCGUGGGGAGCAACCAGUCCAUACCCAGCAUGUCAAUCAGUGCCAGUUCCCAGAGCAGCUCUGUCAACAGUCUCACCGAUGCGGGCGAUGACAAGAGUGAGGUGGACAUCGAGGGAGAUCACACGGUGAUGUCCAACAGCUCUGUGAUACGCCUCAAACCGGAGGAGGCGGAAAACGAGGAGUCGGAGCCUAACACCCGGCCGACCGAUCCCCAAACCCCACCCGCGCAUACUCCACGGCCAAAACGCAACCGCGAACACUUUGCCACAAUACGGACAGCCUCAGUGCUCACUCGGCAAAUGAAAGAGCACGAGCAGGAUUCCGAGUUAAGGGAGCAGAUUUUGGGCUACAAGCGCAUGAGGCGGCAGCACCAGAAGCAGCUGAUGGCUCUGGAGAACAAGCUGAAAGCGGAAAUGGAUGAGCACCGGCUCCGCCUGGACAAGGAGCUGGAGAACCAGAGAAACAGCUUUGCCCAGGAGAUGGAGAAACUGAUCAAGAAGCACCAGGUGUCCAUGGAGAAAGACGCAAAAACAUUUAGCAAUGAUGAGAAGAAGUUCCAACAGCAUAUUCAGAGUCAGCAGAAGAAAGAGCUAAACAGCUUUCUUGAAUCCCAAAAACGGGAGUACAAGCUUCGCAAGGAACAACUUAAAGAGGAGUUGAAUGAAAACCAGUCAACGCCCAAGAAAGAAAAGCAGGAGUGGUUGUCCAAGCAGAAGGAGAACUUCCAACACUUCCAAGCGGAGGAAGAGGCCAACUUGGCGCGCAGACAGAGGCAGUAUCUGGAUCUGGAGUGCCGCCGUUUCAAGCGCAGGAUCUUGAUCGCUCGCCACAACAUCGAACGGGACUUGGUGCGCGAGGAACUGAACAAGCGUCAGACCCAGAAGGACUUGGAACACGCCAUGCUGCUCCGCCACCACGAGUCCAUGCAAGAGCUGGAGUUCCGCCAGCUCAACAACAUCCAAAAGACGAGGGCCGAGCUCAUCCGCCUGCAGCACCAGACGGAACUCACCAAUCAGCAGGAGUACAACAAGAGGAGGGAGAGGGAACUCCGGCGGAAACACGUCAUGGAGGUUCGCCAGCAGCCCAAGAGCCUCAAGUCCAAAGAGCUCCAGAUUAAAAAGCAGUUCCAGGACACAUGUAAGAUCCAGACCAGGCAGUACAAAGCGCUAAGGAACCAUCUGUUGGAGACCACACCAAAGUCAGAACACAAGGCUGUCCUUAAACGCCUGAAGCACGAGCAGCACCGCAAACUUGCCAUCUUGGCAGAGCAGUAUGACCACUCCAUCAAUGAGAUGCUUUCUACUCAGGCACUCCGUCUGGAUGAGACUCAGGAGGCUCAGUGCCAAGGCCUCCGAAUGCAGCUGCAGAAGGAGCUGGAGCUUCUCAAUGCCUACCAGAGUAAGAUCAAGAUGCAGAGCGAUGCCCAGCAUGAUCGCGAGAGGAAGGACCUGGAGCAGAGGGUGUCGAUCCGGAGGGCCCUCCUGGAACAGAAGAUUGAGGAGGAGAUGAUGUCCUUGGAGAAUGAGCGCUCGGAGCGCAUCCGGAGCCUGCUGGAACGCCAAGCCCGAGAAGUUGAGGCUUUUGACUCUGAGAGCAUGCGCCUGGGCUUCAGCAACAUGGUGCUGUCCAACAUCUCCCCGGACGCCCUCAACAACAGCUUUCCUGGGGCUCCGGCAAGUUGGAGUCACCCUGAGCAACAGCACCCGUCCGGAGGCUCUCUGGGGCCGCAGUGGAGCGGCGGCGCUUCGAGCAUCGGGUCGAGCCACCACCACCACCACCACCACUAUCACUCCAGCCCGGGAGGGGUGCCUAUGCAGCAAGGCUGGGGGCAGGGCAUGCAGAGGGGCGGCCUUCCGUCGCCGUGGGGCCAGCAAUCAGCUGCCUCCCUGGUGUCCCGCAGCAGUGGAGGUGCACAGAACAGCCCCCAAGCAAUGGGGAGGACACCCUCAGGAGGGCACAGUGAGCAAAACAUGAGCAGGAGCACCAGUGUCACUUCUCAAAUAUCUAACGGGUCACACCUCUCCUACACAUAGAUAACCCCCCCCCCCCCCCCCCCCCCAUGCUCUGUGAAUCUGAGCGUGAAGAUGUAGAAUCCAACCAAGCAGGACUAUAGGAAUAUUGGCAGAGCUCCGCUGCGCCAUCUCGCUUGCCGCGUUGCCCCCGUGUACAGAUGUGGAUGUGCGAUGAAAAAAAAUGUUGCUCAGGUCAAAAGGGCUGGAAGAGAUGCAGCCCGUCCUCACGGCAGUUUAUCGGCACACGCACAGAUCCUUAAAUUUAUGUUACAUAAGAUAUUUGAGUGUCAACACGCAAUUCUACAAUUUGUUUUAAUUUACGGCUCACCUUCUGAUUUUAUUUUUUCUGCGUGUUAUGUGCUUUUCACAGCCUUUGCUCUCAUUUUGCACAUGAAACACUGUUAAAAAGCUUUUGACACAUGUUAACGGUGUCCUUUUAGAAAUGUGGUAUUGAACAAUCAAAGACAGCUCGUUCUAUUUAGGACUUCCUCUACGCUCCUCCAGAUUCAUAUUCUGUUAUACACUGGUCCAUUUUCUGACAGUGGUUAAAGUAUGGCAAACUGAACUAAAGUUGCUUUGCUGCUGGAGUACCAGCCUGCUGUAAUGGUCAUCAUGAUAAAUUAGAUGCCUUCUUUUAUUCAGUAGUUAAAUGUCAGCUGAUUCCCCUUUCAGCAGCCCAAAUUCGACAUAAACAUUUGAGAGCCAAAUAAACAAGGCGUAACCGUUUCAAGCUUACGUACCAACACUACUACAGUGCCUUUAUAAGCAUUGAUUAUAAGACCCCAUCUCAGAUGUUUAUAGAUUGAUAUUUUAAGUUUAUAAUCAGUGCCAGUGUAUAUGUUUAGUUUAUUUUUUGAAAAACAUAUCUUAGAUUAUUAUACUUACUGUGUAUGCAGUAAGUCCUAUAAAUAGUGAGAAUCUGUGUAUAUCGGCAACUAUAUAUUCUUGCUCUUUCAGAGUGGCAGUACUCUAGGGGUGGACUUGGGAAUCGAAGCGUUACAUAGAUUGUCCUUUUACACAUCCACGGAUGGAAUUGUACGGAGAUUUAAAAAGGAAAAAAGACUACUUUGCCUUCAAAACAAUCCUAGUAUUGAUUUUUUUUUUUUAAUUAGUGCCUUUUCGAACUGCUGCCUUUUUCAAAGCACUUUAAACAGUGGAAUUUGUAAAGCUUGAAUUCUUCUUGCUGAACACCUGGUGUGUGAGUGUGUCGUCGGUACGUGUGGAAUCCAGUUGUGAAGUGGAGCGAGACCGUGCUGGGCUUUGUAGGACCAACUCUCCCAAAUACAGACCGGACCUAAUGUAUGGCCAUACACAGUGUGAAUGAUGAAAGCAUGCGCCCCCCCCCACACACACAUGGCUUUAACUUGUGUUUCUAAAAGCAUAGCUGUUGUUGGUAAUCUGUGUGUUCAAUAGAGGCUGUGAGGAUGCUGCAGGUUUUUUUGGGGGGGGGGCUACAGUUUUUAUUAUUAAAAUAAAAGAACCCUGAACUGUUGGCUGAGGAAGAGAGUUCAUCACGUGCGGGCAGAAGGCUUUAGAUAAUUGUCAUGACCAUGACAGCAGGUUUGGCGCUGCUGAGAAAACUCCGACACUAUUAGAAAUGUUGGGACGGUGUUGAGUUUUAACAAUGUAAAAGGUGCGAAGUAAGAAAUGUGCCACCAUUUUGUCAAAAACCCAAGAACAAGGGGGCACUGAAACAAGGACAUGCUUGCGCAAUGACAUUGUAUUACAUAAAUGUAAAAAUGAGUCAAUGCACCCUCUGGAAAAACAGCCAAAUACAAAAAACGUGGCAAAAAGCAUUUAGGUAUUCCUUUUGAUAGCUCCAGCUGUUCCUUUAAUAUAUGUCUCUGCUCACUCCCUUCUGUUUGGUUUGGGUCUGAAGUAUCAUUAGAGAUGUCGGGGCCCUUUAAACCUUUAAAGGGUUAAGCUUUCCAUGCAGAGUAUAACACCUUUUUUUUUAUAAAGUCCUAAAGAUAAUAUCCAGAGAUGAGAAGGAUAUAUAUUGUCCCUUGAAUCACAAAGCUGGGGUUAAAUGUUUAUAUUGUGUAUAUUUUAUUAAAGAAAAAAUUUAAAGACUAAACUUGCAUUUUAAGAAAAUAAUUUCUAAAAACUAACUAUUUAACUGACAGACCACACUGAUGUUACCAACCCCUAUUCACUCUCAAGGUGGUUUUGAGUUGUCUGCAUGUAGCUCAUUCUUAGUUUGUUUACGCCGACGGAAUGCCCUAUAUAUGCUGUCAUCCCCCUCCAUGUUUUUUUUUUUUUUUUUUUUUUUUUU